AUGAAACGCCACCACCGCUCCUUGCAACGCUCUAAAGCAUUUUUUUACACCCAUGCUAAUAAGGGGGGACGAUUCCUUGCCCAUCUACUGAGGGGCCAGACGCCCCGCACUCAGGUUCGCAGGUUACACCUCACCUCAGGCGGGAUCUCUGGCCUACCGACGGAUAUUGCAGGGGAAUUCCAGUUGUUCUAUCGAUCCCUGUACAACUUGGAUGCGGAUAAAACGCAGGCGCAAUCGGCAAUGAUAAUGGCCCGCACGCGGGAUUACCUCCGCGACACAGUCGGACCAACAAUCCCGCCGGAUACAGCUACCGACCUAGAGACCCAG